GUCAACAGCAUGCAUUUUCAAUUCAAUCGCCCAAUACAGUGUAUGUCCGAUGUUUGGGAGAGUGCCUUAUUUCACUCAUUCAAUGAACAAGGUUAUGAUGCCUUAUUUGGAAAGGUGUCAAAUUUCCCACCAUGGUGAACCCCCGCGGCAGCCAUUGCAGAUUUUUUUGCGAUAGAUUGAACCUGUGCGAUCUCCUUGGCAGCGAUAUUUCCGACGGAAGUCACUUCUCCCUUACAAAUUUUUUUUUGAUCAUCAAUCUUUGGAGUCCAUAAUUAGCGAGGGUCAUAAGAAUCUCUGGAAGUAAAAAUCAUUGAUUUUACCCCUGGAUUUAACCCCUGGAAUAUUUUUUUUUGAGCAGCAACCUGGAUCUACUGUGUGUGCAGUUCAGUAGCAGGUAUGUUCAUGUAUCUUAUGCAUGCAAGUCCCCUGCCAGUGCAGGUCCCUGUAGUUAUGGGGAGGGAGUUGAAGUCAUUUUCGUCUGAUAUUUGGAACCUUCCGAUGUUUGGGGACUUUACUCUAAAGAGCUUUCUAUACUUGGUUUAGGAGUGCUACCCUUCAAACUAUGUCCAUGCUAGCAGUAUCUUUACACUGCCAUAUAUGUGUAACAUGUUAUAAACAUACCUUCAAUAUUAAAAUUUAAAUAAAAAUGUUUUACCAGGUACCAAACAUUUAUAGCCUAUUGUCUCUUUUCCCCUCUCAAAACAGUUCCUGAAGAAAUAGGAGAACAGCCUGCCAUAAACUAUGACAAACUCAAGUGGUUGUGUAAACUCGAUGGUCUUCAUUCGAGCAUCGAAGGGGAACCAAGCUCAGAUGAAGCACACAGAAUCUUUAUGGAGAACUACAGAAGCAUGUUUGUGAAUGGCAAACCCAAAGGUGGGACGUUACCGAUACUCGGAAAAGACCCAUCUGUCUCAAAAAGCCUUGAAGCAACAAACAAUUCAUCGGGGAGUCAAACGGUAACAAAGAGCAAGAAGAAGAAUACCAAGGAAGAGAAGGAGGAACUCCAUGAGGACCAUAUCAGUCAUGACAUCAGGGAGCACAUGGCCAAGCUCCACAAGGAGCGCAAGAUUGUGGAUCCCAUCAUCAUCCAGAGGAACAGAAUCAAGGAUCUUAGGAACAUCCUCAAGAAAAUGCCAUACGAACGAAAUGCAGAGGAAAAUGACCUAGUGUACUCACACCUCAAAGCCUUCACUGACCUAUCCAAGCAACUUACCAACAAAGAAUUAAAGGAACUAAGUACCCUAGUAACAUUGGAUGUCUGGAGGGAUGAAGGAUAUACAGUUUUUGCAAACAGUGGAUUCUUCAUAGUAUUGAAAGGGAGUGUUAUCCCUCAGAGUAGACCAUGGAUUCAGUACAGGGGCGCAGCUGGCAAAGUACCUUUGGUGGUCACAGAAUCCUCACAUAGUGAGGUGAGAUACCCUGAGCUUAAGGUAUGUGACUGCUUUGGAACAUUGGAGAAAGUGGAAGGCCCAGAGGCAAAUAGCAAACUCCUAACUGUUACUGUCAACUCGGUACCGACAGAGUUCCUGAAGAUAUCCAGCAAUGACUUCAAACGCAUCACUGAGCAAAUACAAUCUCAAGAAAAUACAGAGAAGAUAAAUCUGAUCAAUUCUUGCAAGGCGUAUCUGAUGUGGCCAAGACAGUCGUUGCUGAAGCUUGCUGAACUCCUGGAAUGGACAACCUUUCAAGAGAAUACAGUACUAGUGAGUGAAGGUUUCAUGUGUCCUUUCAUCGGUUUCGUAAAAUCUGGAGAAUGUCACGUAUUGAGACAAGUGGAAGUCAAAGAAGUUCUACCCAAUGGGAAAGAGGAGAGAAGAUGCAAGCAGGUAGUCAUGGGUCAGUUGUUACAUUCCGAGUCUUUUGGUGAGAUCAGUGUUCUGAGAGGAGAAGAAAGCAAUUCCUCCAUCGUGACAUCAUCCAGUGUGGAGCUAGGGGUCAUCUCAGUGGACAGAAUAAACGAGCUAGAUGAAACAACUAGAUCACUUCUUCUGCAGUCAAAUGAAACACUUUAUGAAUCUCUGUCAGAGACCGAGAUCCACAGUGAGUAUAUCGACCAGGAACAGAAGCGUGAAUGGAACCAAUUCAAACAUAAUGUUCUUGUUGAUGUCAUCAAUGCAAGGGGCAUUAGACCAGGCUAUGGAAAAUGGGCUAAAUGAUGACGACAGACUACAGUUCUUCAGAUUAGAUUUGACCCAUAAUAAAUCAUAUAUAUAUCACUUAUUUAUUUAUGAUGACCUUCACGCUAUGUCAUUGAUACAUGAGGAAAAUCUAAUUGUAUCUUUAAAGAACUAUUUUGUUAAGGAUGAGCAUUACAUAAAAUAUCACAUCCUCUUAGGUUUAGGUUAUUACCAUUGCAGGGUGGAGUUUCAUAAGGUGCUUGUAAAUUACAAAGGAACAAAGGAAAUUCAGUAGGUUUUUGACCAUGACUGUUUUCCGAUAAAGGAUCAAAUGGCUAUUGUAAUUUGUACCAAUGUUCACUAUAGACUUUUCAAUAAUUUUAUCUUAACGGAAAUUUGUAUCAAGACCAAUGCAUCCAGAAGGGUAUUUUACUGCAUUUAGACUCUGCAUCAGUCGACCUUCCAUGAUUUUAAUAAUCGCCUAAUUGAAGCGAUAUUGAAUAAUUGAAGAAUAGGCAAAUCAUGUGUUAAUAUCUUGUCAGUUGAUUUGGCCUAAGUCGAACAAAUUUAUUUGGUCCCAAGAGAUUAGACUUUUAGAGUCACCUGUUCAGCCAAACAGAACAAAGUGGAACAAUAUGCUAUGUGAUACACAUGUAAUGUAUUUAUUUCUUAAUUUCAAUUUAAAGUCAGUCACGAUAACAUUCUAACCGUGACCCAGUAUUGGAAAAUAUCACAUAGAUCACCACUAGAGUACAGAAAUAUGAUUUAAUAGCCUGUAAUCUCAAUUUCAAAUUUCACUUUCAAAUAGACCUGUCUAUGCAGUGAUUUAUAAUGUUGGGUGGUGUAGAUAAAAGCAGGAAAAAUUAGAGUAACAUAUCAAUGAGAGUUUGAUAAAACUCAAUUGAAAGGUAACUUGAAGAGAGUUACAACACUUUUUAGAUCUACAUUUCUGUGUUGUCACAUUUGAGCUGUUAUUCCGAAUGUGUUCUAUGAUUUCUGUGAAUUAUCAUUCACUCAAAUUGUCUUCAGGUUCUUUUCAUUUAAUUAUGUAUAUGGAUAGUGUACCAAGUAUAUUUUCAAUUUUUCCUUAUAUAGGAUAAUAGUUAUUGAAAUGUUGUAAGCGCAAGACUACCCCCACAAAAGUUCAUUUGAAUAAAAAGAGAUAAUCAAACAAGCUCAACGAUGAAAAUUUCGUCAAAAUCAGAUGUAAAAUAAAGGUUGUUGUGACAUUUUAAAAUUUCUCUUUAUUUAAAAAACAAGUGGAAUGCCUCUGGCCGUCUCACCUGCAUCACGCGAUUCAAUAUAGCAGCAGUGCUGAUUUUGAAAACUACUAUAACUCGCACAAGAUGUUCAGUGAUACUUGGUUACUCUUAUUUCCACGUUUUAUGAACUAGACCAAUACACUUAUAGAGAUAUGAUGGCAAUUCAACAAAUACCCCCAACGUGGCCAAAGUUCUUUGACCUUACAUGACCUUUGACCUUGAUCAUGUGACCUGAAACUCGCACAGGAUGUUCAGUGAUACUUGAUUACUAUUAUGUCCAAGUUUUAUGAACUAGACCAACACACUUUCAAAUUUAUGGCUGUAAUUCAACAAAUACCCCAAUUUGGCCAAAGUUCAUUGACCCUAAAUGACCUUUGACCUUGAUCAUGUGACCUGAAACUUGCACAGGAUGUUCAGUAAUACUUGAUUACUAUUAGGUAUGUCCAAGUUUCAUGAAUCAGAUCCAUAAACUUUCAAAGUUAUGAUGGUAAUUCAACAGAUACCCCCAAUUCGGCCAAAGUUCAUUGACCCUAAAUGACCUUUGACCUUGGUCAUGUGAUGUGAAACUCAUGCAGGAUGUUCAGUGAUACUUGAUUAACCUUAUGUAUAAGUUUCAUGAACUAGGUCCAUAUAUUUUCUAAGUUAUGAUGACAUUUCAAAAACUUAACCUUAGGUUAAGAUUUUGAUGUUGAUUCCCCCAACAUGGUCUAAGUUCAUUGACCCUAAAUGACCUUUGACCUUGGUCAUGUGACAUGAAACUCAGGCAGGAUGUUCAGUAAUACUUGAUUAACCUUAUGGCCAAGUUUCAUGAACUAGGUCCAUAUACUUUCUAAGUUAUGCUGUCAUUUCAAAAACUUAACCUCAGGUUAAGAUUUGGUGUUGACGCCGCCGUCGCCGUCGGAAAAGCGGCGCCUAUAGUCUCACUCUGCUAUGCAGGUGAGACAAAAAACAGUUGCAUUCAUUUUCUGUUCAGUAUGCAAGAGGAAUUUUGACCUGAAUAUGAUAGUAAAGCACUGAAAAAAAAGAAGUGUUCAGAUGUUAUACAUUCAUUAUGACAAUGUGCAUAGAAUUAUUUCCCCACAAUAAUGCAAUACUUGAUUUCAGAACUUUAGAAAAGGUUUCUUGUAUUGAGCUUUUAUUUUGCGAUUCCAAUUUUAGUAAGUUUAGUAAGUGGCCAUUAUUCUUGAUUGAUUCUGUAUGAAAAUUUGAAUUUUGGGGGUAAUCAGAGAAAGUAUCUUGACCCAUCAAUGUAAUUCAACUUCACACUGGCCCCUUGAACUCUAACCAAGUCUUAGCUUUAUAAAUUUAGCAAAUGCAAAUUAGAAAACUACAAAGAUCUAUUCUGUAACUUUCAUCACAUUAAUAGAUACUUGAGAAGUGGUAACACAUGAGGUCUAAUAAGACAUUUGGACUGAUAUUUAAAAUUUAAUCCUAAAUAUCACAAUGCACUGUUUCAUUUUAGCUGACAAUGAAUUUAUCCUUUGACAAUUAGCAGUUUUGAUAUUUUGCAAAACUUGAUCGAAACGAGACUCAGUUUACAGACACAUUUUCAUUUGUAGUGAACAAAGUAUAAAAAGUGACAGCAAUGAAAAAAUGAAAUAUUCAGUUUGACUUUAUAUAAAUACAGGACUAGAUAUGAAUAAAAAAAUUGUGAUAAUGUAAUCUAUAUUAUAUUUAUGCUCAUGUAAUGACAAGAGCACAAAACUAUUUUCAUCAUAAUUUCUGUCUUAAGAUUGGAUAUUCCAAAUCAUAUUUAAGGACACUUUGUAAAUACCUGUACAUUCUGAACAUAUAUGAUGCAUUGUAUAAAUAUAUUGUGCAAUUAUUGUGUUAAUUCACUAUGUGAACCACUUUUUAUUUUGUAAAAUAUGCAAAUUAUAUUUCUGAUUUUAAAUAAAUAUCAGUCUAUGAGAA